AUGACAGAAAACGGUCACAGCCUGGUUUACCGCAAAAGAGUACGUUGCACCUGCGAAUGGGAAAUAAAGUUCGGUUAUGGUGUAGCUUUCACGCUGGCCGUCUUCGAGGUGAAGCGUUUCCUCGUGAUCGCCUUGGAGAUAUUUACAGAAUGGCAGGUGAUUCGUAUCGCAGGUGGUUUCCAGCCGGUCGCCCUUACCUUGGUAGAUGUGGCUCUAGGAUUGCCGUGCGCCCUUAUCAUCGUACGCACUAUACGCAGACGCAAAUCGAAUCUUUAUUCAAAGAUUAGGCAGGUGCUGAAGUGUCUUUUGAUAAUGAUAAUUAUAUGUAUUGCUAUGAAUACAACGACAUUAGCUUUGAUAGGAUAUCACAUUAGUGUAAAACAAGAAACUUUAAUCGAUAUUUUCAACGUUUCCAUGCAUCUAUAUACCACUGCUGCAUCACAUAAAUACGCGAUCGACGAGAUCCAAUUUGUGUUGCAAUGUUGCGGUCAUUCCUCUUAUACUGAUUGGUUUCUCUUCGACUGGCAGAAAGUAGAUUACGCAUCUCGAGAGGAAAUGGCGCAACAAAACAGAAUUUCGGACGAAGACUACAGAGGUCUUGGAGUCCCUUUUAGCUGCUGCAAUUUGCGCGCUGCGGCACCUUGCAUGCACAUAGAAAUGACAGAUGACAAAACAAUAAAUGUGAACGGCUGUGUAGAAAUCAUUAGUCCUAUUCUUCUUAGAAUUGUCAUAGUCUCUUAUGUUAUGACUAUUACUGUGAUGAUUAUACAAGUGCUAUUAGCCUUUUUAAUUACUAGAAUGAUCUAUAGAUGUGUCCCUCUGCGAGCGUCCUUUCCUCAGGUAAAAUGUCCCUCUGCGCCAUUCACUAUUAUAAACGCAUCAUCAAGGACUUAUGUGUCACGACUUUUUUCGCUUAAGAAAUCCGUUCGGCGCAAAAAACCGAGCAUGUACUAUUGUCCAUUGAUGACUAAAGAUGUUUUUAUCAAGGAGAACUGGAAAAAUAGAUCGUCUAAAUCUAAGGUCGGAUGCAGAUAUCCCAUUUUAAAUCAUCACGAUAGAGAGGCAUUAAAAAUGUUCAAGGCUGUGUGCAAGCUACUUCAAAGCGGUUCGUGGAAUUUGAUACACGUUAAUCCCGCGUGCUCCUUUCUGUGCUUCUUCUAUAGACCGACGACUGUAAUAGAACUGGUGACGUCCCAUGAGCGAACUCAUGUUUCUCUUAUUGCAUUUCAUCGGCACUUUCGCAAGCUGAAAAUACGUACGGUCCUGGAGGAACCCGAAAGGUCUCCCGAACGAGACUGUACUUAA